AUGGAGUUCAGCAAAAAAGUACGAACGUUUGAUGCAUUCCCAAAAGUGGAUGCUCAACAUCAAGUCAGAUCCACAAGAGGAGGGUUUUCCACAUUACUUACCAUUCUCUGUGGUUUGUUGAUAUUUUGGGUUGAGGUCGGUGGUUAUGUAGGAGGGUACGUUGAUCAUCAAUUUUCGGUAGAUAAAAAUUUGAAUUCUCAAUUAACGAUCAAUUUGGAUCUUAUAGUGAAUAUGCCCUGUGAAUUCGUCCAUACGAAUGUUAUGGAUAUCACUGAUGAUAAGUUUCUUGCCGGGGAAUUAUUAAAUUACGCAGGAAUACAUUGGUUUCUUCCAUUAGGAUUUAAUAUCAAUAAUGUUAACGAUAAACAUAGUACGCCAGAUUUGGAUGAAAUUAUGCAAGAAUCAUUUAGAGCGGAAUAUUUGCUGCAAGGGUUGAAAGUCGAUGAGGGGGCACCAGCAUGCCACAUUUUUGGAUCAAUUCCAGUAAAUCAAGUGAAGGGAGAUUUCCAUAUAACAGCAAAGGGCUUAGGAUAUCGUGAUAGACAUCACGUAUCGAAGGAGGCAUUAAAUUUUAGCCAUGUUAUUAAUGAAUUCUCAUUUGGGGAAUUUUAUCCAUUUAUUGAUAACCCAUUGGACCAAACUGGUAAAGUUACCGAUGAAAAAUUCAUUGCAUACAAGUAUUACACUCAAGUUGUGCCCACGGAGUAUCAAAGAUUGGGAAUAACUAUAGAUACCAAUCAAUAUUCGUUGACUGAACUGCAUAUCGUAUAUCCUACAAGUCAUAAUGGGAAUCCAACAGGAGUACCAGGAAUUUUCUUCAAGUACGACUUUGAACCAAUUAAGUUGAAGAUUAUUGAGAAAAGAAUACCAUUUUUCCAAUUUGUGGCCAGAUUAGCAACUAUCUUGGGAGGAAUCAUGGUCUUAGCUGGCUAUGCGUACAGAUUGUAUGAAAAAUUAUUAUCAAUCCUCUUUGGCAAAAAGUAUGUCAACAGAGAUACUGAAAAGCUAAGUGGUGGGUUAUUGGACAGUGAGAGGAAAAAGAAAGAAGGGGAAAAGGAAGACGGUCGUACUUAUUGA